AUGUCAAGUACCGAUUUUGAGUUUUUAAUAAAUUUAAUUGGACCCAAAGUUGCAAAAGAAAAUACAAAUUUUCGUGAAAGUAUUUCAGUAUCAGUUCGCCUAGCAAUUACUUUAAGAUUUUUGUCUUCUGGUGAAUCAUAUCAUUCUUUAAUGUACACAUUUAAAGUAUCCAAACAAUCAAUAUCAGAAAUUGUACCAGAAGUAUGUGAAGCAUUAAUAUCUGGUCUUAAAAACUACAUCAAGAUGCCAACUGAAACAAAUGAAUGGUUGAAAAUAUCUGCAGAUUACGAGGAAAAAUGGAACUUCCCGCACUGUUUAGGUGCUUUAGAUGGGAAGCACAUACUAUUACAAGCACCUAUCAACUCUGGAAGUGAGUUUUUUAAUUAUAAAGGCCACUUUAGCAUAGUUUUGAUGGCACUGGUUGAUGCGAAUUAUUCAUUCAUUUACAUAAAUGCUGGAUGUCAAGGCCGCAUAUCCGAUGGUGGAGUCUUCAAAAAUACUGACUUAUGGAAACGUUUAGAAAAUAAAUCCCUUAAUUUACCUGAACCAAUAAGCUUACCUGGUAGAGAUAAUCCUGUACCCUACGUUAUAGUGGCCGACGAUGCAUUUUCACUAAGUGAAAAUGUAAUGAAACCUUACCCUGGACAUCAAACAAAAGGAAGUAAGGAGAGGAUAUUUAACUAUCGGUUAAGCAGAGCACGACGAGUAUCAGAAAAUGUAUUUGGUAUAAUGAGUUCUAUUUUUAGGGUACUUAGAAAACCCAUAUUAUUAAGUCCUGAAAAAGCAACCUCAGUUACUCUUGCAUGUGCUUACCUGCAUAAUUUUCUAAGAGCUAGCAAAUCAUCAAAAAACUGUUAUACUCCACAAGGAAGUGUUGACAUUGAUGAUGGCUCUGGAGAAAUUACACCAGGAACAUGGAGAAGACAGUCAGAAAACUCUUCAUGCUUACCACUUCAACGAAUUGGACGUAAAUCAGGAGAAAAUUCUAAAGCUAUUAGAUAUGAGUUCGCUACAUACUUCACAAGUGAAACCGGAAGUGUUCCUUGGCAAGAUAAAUAUGCAUAA